AUGGCCUCAGCGCUUGUUCUGGCGCUGCUCUUCCAGCUGCACGCCAUCGAGGGAAAGCUCCUGAGCGUUGCUGUCCUGCCGCACGGAGACUUUGCCUACGAUCCCGGCUUGGUGAAUCGCUCUGGCGGCUCCGUGCAGCUUCAUACCGCGGCUCGGGAGCUGGGGCACGACAUCUCCGAAGAAACGCCGGAGCUGCUGUUUGUGACAACGCCUCAUGGUCUUGAGCUUUCGCAACGAUAUCUCGUAUAUCUCAAUAGCCACAAUGCCGGCGCUUCCCCGCUAGAUGAUAUGCCGCAUGCUGCUGGAAACAGGACUGUUCCGAUGAAUUUCACCAGCCCCCAGAGUCUCGCGAUGCAGCUGUUGGAGCAUCUGCAGAACGAGAAGCUACCAGCAGAAGGGCUGCGAGGCUUUUCAGAUGCCCAGCCGCUGCCAAUUUCCUGGGGCGAGAUACUGCCGUUGAGCUUUGUGCAGAAGGCGCGCGAGGAUCAGGGGCUCGAUCUUCCACCAGUAUUGCUGAUGUCCUUCCCGCUGCGGCGCUUCAACCACUCGGACUCGAUGGUUCCUGAGCUUCUCCGGCUCGGUUCUGCCACUGCAGACUUUUUGGAGGCCUUACCCCAGCGCGUGGUGUGGAUUGUCUCCGCGGACCUGGCGCACACGCACCUCGCUUCUGGCCCUUACGGCUACUGCCCUUGCGCGCAGCCCUUCGACGACGCCGUCGUUCGCUGGGCCAGGGAUCUUCCUUCCGAGUCUGCCGCCGAGGCUUUGCUGCACGAGGGUCGCGGCUGGCAGCGUGCUGGCGCGGCCUCCUGCGGCUUCACUGGGUUGGUGGCUGCGCAUGGGGCCAUGGCCCACAUCUCCAACCUCACCGGCCUUCCAACAUGGAGGGGCCAGGUGUUGGCCUACGCGCAUCCAACCUACUACGGUAUGAUGGUGGCCAGAUUUGAGCGGCAGCUAGGGGUCGUGGUGGUCUAG